GCUGAUUUGUUCGUUGGUCCGUAUGCAGACAGCCAGACAGCCAGCCAGCCAGACAGACAGCAUGUAAAAAGGAAAGUCAUCCGUCCAGCUACGAUAUCCACCCACCCCCCAUCCACAAGAUAUGAUGUGUGUGUCUGUCCGUUUUGCGACACGUGCGAAGGAAGCCAAGCGUGUGAGAGGGAUUGUGUUGGUGUCGACACACUUGCAGCCAUGCCAUGCCAUGGGUGCGGUGGAUAGGGAGAGAAAAGGAAAGGGAGACAGCCAGGCGCAUGGCAGGCAGGCAAACCAACCAUAAUGUUGGCAUCUUAAAAGACACACCACACCCAGAAUAGGAUACAUAGGAUGCUUAGUUGUCCUACACACAAAGGGGGGAGGUCAGCCAGACAGAGGGCGGGCAGGCGGUACGCAGACAGACAGACAGACAGACAGAGACGGACAGACAAGACAGGCCAACCCACACACACCCACCGCCCUCUCUCCGAUAUGCACUACGGCCCAACCAGCUACGACCGCCCCCGAGUCACUCCAUGGCAUCCAUUCCCCCACCCACCCCCGCGUACACACUCUUGAAGCCCUUGCCCCGGCAGAAAUCGAAGUACCGGCCCUUUUCAUCCUCGAAGGUGAGGACAUACUCUGAGUCAUCUUUUUUUUACCGAGCUGCCCGCUAUUUUCGGCCGUUCGCCCUCGUCCGUCGUCUUGUGGCACAUGGCCGCCAGACCGUCGGAGGCGCAGACGCCCAGGUAGCGCAUUGAGUAGCAAAAUUUUGGGCCCUCGAAGGAGGAACCACCGCAAACAUGCUUCUCCUGGAUAGCCUCACUGACCACGCAGACGCCACCCGUGCCGCAAGCACGGGUCGACCCCCCUAGUAUACGCCCCACUACAACCCAGCAAAGUUUGCCUGCAUUGCACGAUCCAUACAUAAUCCACACCAACACAAUGCAUAAUUCAUUGUCAGGGAGGGAGGGAACAAGUGUUUGUUCCUGUGUGUGUACUUUCAGGCUGCUGGUGGGAUUCGGUUGCGGCUGUCAUUUGCAUCAUCGCGAUGCUAUGAGCCUUAUCGAUGGCUACGUUGAUGGCUUGAAUGGCCGACUGGGUCAGCUCUUCGGCCGCAAUGGUCAGCUCGUUCGCCGCGGUGUUGAGCUUCAUGGCGGACUGGUAGAUGGCCUUGCCCAUCUGGAUCUGCUGCUGCACCAUCGACGACUCCACCGUCGACACAUCUGUUCAUGUUUGUCCGUGCCGUGGACCAACGCGUGUGUGGCCCCCGGCGCAUCGUUACACAUCAAUCAAUCACACACGAUCUGAAGGAACCACACAAGCCGAAAAGCAGCAACGACACACAAGAUGGGCACAUCUGCCAUGACGUGUGGUCGGAUCGGUGCGGUGUGGCUUCCCUAUGGCUUACCUUGGCCAUGGGAGCGCUGGGCUGCCAGCAGAGGCCGCACAAUGGCCGCCAGGCCAACCACCACGACGAUGCCGAAGCCGAAACGCAUCAUGACGGAGCCGCAGACGUGAGAAACGAUGCGUAUGCUUGGCGACUUAAAGGGAAGAUCUCUCUCUGACGCAAGAGAACCUCCG